AUGGAGAGCAAUUUACAGGAUACAAGUCUACCGCCAAGGGAGUUUCCACUCGAGUUCUUACAGCUUAUUACAAAUAAUUUUUCUGAGGACAGCAUAAUUGGCGAGGGUGGGUUUGGGGUCGUUUACAAGGGAGUAUUGGACAACGGGAAAGAGAUUGCUCUGAAGAAGCUCACUCACAAAGGGGUUGAUGACAAGGAAUUUACAAAUGAGUUCAAUAACAUUAUUAGGGCCCGUCAUCAAAAUAUUGUGCAAUUCGUUGGCUACUGCUAUCAUCCAGGUAGCUGGAUUAUGCACAAUGGACAAUAUGUCUUUGCUCGUGAGCCAGUAAGAAUUCUCUGCUUUGAAUAUUUGCAUGGUGGAAACCUCGAGAGUUACCUUUCUGAUGACGAGCCAUGCAGUCCUGAUUGGCAGACAUGUUAUAAAAUAAUUAAGGGACUGUGUGAGGGUUUAAAUUAUCUUCAUAACGGGCAUAUUUACCAUCUAGACAUCAAGCCCGCAAAUAUAUUGCUGGACACCAACAUGAUGCCUAAAAUUGGAGAUUUUGGUAUAUCAAGAAUCUUUUCUUCAACACAAACCAUUACCACGGCAACAAUGAUGGGGACAAUGGGAUACAUACCACCAGAAUUUAUCAAAAAACAAGAAAUCUCACCAAAAUAUGACGUGUUCAGUUUGGGUGUCAUAAUAAUAAAUAUAAUGGCAGGACGCCAGAGCUAUUAUGAUUGUGGAAUUGUUCCUUCUGAAAUGAUCAUUGAGCAUGUAUGUGAUAAAUGGCAAAGAAGGCUACAUUCAACAAUGUCGCCACAAACAUGGCAAGAAGUAAUCGAGACUUGCAUCAGAAUAGCAUUCAGAUGUGUGGAAGAUGACCGACAGAAAAGACCCCUUAUAAGAGAGAUUGUUGAUGAACUCAACAGGAUUGAUAUUAAAAAAAUGUCACUUACAUACGAGGCGACCAACUUGCAAAGCAGAGAGGCCUCGGCCGAUAACCAUUACAAGAACUCAGCUUCGAUCGGGGUCCAUGAUAGCAGCAGUCGGUUUGAGUCCCUUGCCAACCCCACGGAUCAUGAACACGAGUCCACCAUGAGGAGUGUCAUGCUAUUCGAAGGCCUGGAGAUGUGA